AUGGAAACCCUUAAACAUCUGCUGCUGCAAACGACGGCCAGCAACAUCAGCAGCAUCGAUGACCUGCUUAAAGACUACCCACUCCAACCGGAUCCACCAGCAGUCACAGUCGGUUCGAAUGGUGACACACUUUGCAGUUCGAACAGUGUUCCUUCCCAGGGGGGUAAAAAUGGAUCGGAUUUCAUUGCAGCACUGCCUAACUGCAAGCAGCCACCUGUUAUUGUGGGGGUUGCAGUCAAGCGAACGCUCAAAAAGCACCAGCAACAAUGUCAGGAGCUGGAGAACGUUGAACCAUGCUCCGCUGUCAGUCGAAAUCUGAUCGAUACCCUGGAAAGGUGGCACAAUGACAUAUUCGAGGUAGGUGCAACGACGACGACGACGACAACGAAUGCGGCGGCGGAGACGCCGGGGGAAAACAGUAGUAGUAGCGAUUGUAAUAAUAAUGCCAAUCAGCUGAUGCAGAGUCAGCGGAAAGUUGAAGACGGCGAAGGGGAUCUGAUUGAUUUCAGCACCGAGAUUGUAGCUGCACCGGAUGUGCAACGGAAUCAGAAGCCGAAAGUAAAAAAGGUGACGUUUCUGUUAGAUGAUUUACUGUUCGGUGAGGAAGGGAAGUCGGAUCAGAAGGAAAGUGUCGAAAAGACGAAUGAGGAGAGAGAAUGUGUAAUACUGCCCUCUGCGGAAGGUGAAUGGGAUGUAAGCGAUACCGCCCAUCAUGGGUGUGAUAGUGGGUGGCGGCGGGUGGACGCGACGGUUGCUGGUGGUAAUGAAAUAUCAACAGAGACUAUGCAAACAUUGCAUGACAUUGUUUCUAUUACGAAUGAGAGUGGUCACGUUGACAGUGGGAACAAUAUCAGCACCAGAAACAGUAGCAAUGUGCGAAAAGUAAUAAAAGAAAAGGAAUCGGUUGAGUGCGCAUGUCCGUCGUCACCACAUUACGAUGGUCGUGAGCGUCAUCAUCAUUGUCAUCGAUAUCAGUGCCAGCAUCAGGCGAGAGGAACCUUUGAUGGACCAGAAUCUACCACCCUCUUGGACUUUUCGCCUGUGGAGCAGCACCAGACUGCGUUACCGACAAACAGCACCAAUACACUGAAGCGUUUGGAUUCCGAUGCACAGACUUGGGAGAAGAAAAUCGACGAAAUUCCAGAGGACUUCUCGAGCGUUGAGAGAGCACGGAAGCAGAACGCAUGUGCAAAAACUGGCAACACCAGCACUGUCUGUUCCGACGGUGGUGGCAAACGGUUGUCAGUGGGAUUUAGUGCAUACCGUGAAUCGAUCGAUGGCAGCAGAGGCGGUCACGAGGACGAGGGCAAUAUUGUUGACGUUCAGGAUGAACUACUGGAGAGAGCGUAUGGCAGCACUGCCUAUUCGAGCCCCCUUCGGCUGGGCCGAACUGGAUCCGAAAGCCGUCAGGAGGAGUCAACGGUAGCAAGAAUCGAUGAAACGGACUCGAGUCAGCAUAGUCUGCAGCCACUUGCCAAAGAAGCAGAAAAUGUUGUAACAUUAGUACCUACUGGUUCUGAACAGCUGGAAUUUGGACCAAAAAAUUCUCCGGAAUCACACCAGUUGUGCGAAAAAUCGAUUCAAGUUCCAUCGCCAUCGCACCGGGGCGUGAACAGUGUCGAAAACAGUGGUCAACGUGUCGGAAAGGAGGUCCAUUUUUGUCAGGAGGAAAAUUCCUACCACAAAAGUUCGGACAGUGAGAGUGAAAAUUAUUAUGGAACCUGUUCUCCUCCUCCGCCACCACGUCCUCCAUUGGUGCCACCCGAUGGAGCCCCGUCAGCUUACGGCCUAAAUGUGGAAGUUACCCUUAAUGCUCAUAUCAGUGUUCAUGGAAUAAGUGAGUUUGGAUUUUUUUCUUCGGGUGAUAGACCAUCUCCAGUCGACCCAGACGGACCUUUCCCAACUGGUGAGAAGAUCCUGAAGGAUUGUGCCACCAAUACUAAUAGUACCAGGAACAACAGCAGCAACGUUACCCCAUCCAGUGCUGACAGUGGAAUUAUUAUUAUCGACGAUGACAUCGACGAUAGUGGAGGUGAAAGUGGAAGUGCUACUGCUGCUACUCGUGCAGAGUCUCAAAUCUGUGAACCUUCGCUAGUGCUAAACGACAGCUGUGACAAGAAGAAACCUGUAGGCCACUGUCGUGACCAGGAUACGCAAACUUUUCUCGGAAAUUUCCCAUCGCCGAAAAAAACCAGUGAAAUAAGUGUUCAAGUGUGUGAAAAUGGCGAUUCUGACCUACGAAAUUUCUACGAUUCGUAUGUAAGUGAAUCGGAGAUAGACGAACGAAAGGACACGCACUUUGCGACACAAACUAGCGAGCAGUAUUUACGACCUCCAUUGGCAUUUUUGAGUGAGAAGCAGGAGUGUUUCGAAGCCAGCAAUCGAUUGAAACGCCUAGAGGAGCGAUUUCGUGGAUUUGCAUCCACCAAAAAGUUAUUACGUGAAUCGCUAAGCUCACCUGCGACUCCAUCGGGGCUGCCUGCUCAGACGUUGUCAUCUUCGUUGAGUUCACUCUCGACGUUGCUGGCAGAUAGGCAGCUCAACACAAACGCAGCCUCCCAGUCAUCGUCAGUGCCAGCAUCAUCGACACCGUCACUGACAGCGGCCACCAGGGAAGAACAGGAGCAGGAAAGACAGUCUCGCUCCGGUCGAAGUUUUGUGCCAUCGUGGAGAACAUCGUCUCUUAGUUGCCUAACCAAGGAUGACACCCAGGAUCAGCUGAGUCAUUUAUCCAGCAAAUCUAACGUUCCACGUUUACCCCCAUUCUCGUCCUCGCUGCUCUCCCUCUCGGCAUCCUCGCUGCUUUCUCUCUCCUGUAUCGAUCUCGAACGAAACAAACAACGGCAGCAGCAACAGAAAGCUUUCUCCGAGAAUAAUUACAUUAGCAGCGAAGAUCGAAACGACAAGGCCGUCGUCAGUGAAAACAAUUAUUCACCCGUUUCGGUUGAUCCGAUUACUGGCAACUCGGAGACAGUCGCUCUAUUCAAGGCUACAUCGCUACCAUCUUUGCUCCCGCAGCAUCUUUUUCCUCCCUCGCGGACUCCUCCACGACCUCCACAACCAGAAGAACCACCUCCCCCGCUUGACGAGAACGGUAAUCGUCCGGCACCAGCUUCGUUGAAGACUAUCCUCUUGCAUGAGGAUUAUCGGCCAAGUUUAGGAACGCCGGAAUCCAGUGUUGAAUCGGAGGAAAUCUGUAAAAUCUUUCCCAAUGGGAAACCUCGCAUAGAAGAUCCGUUGGAAGUAGUAGAAACUGUGUUUCGUGAAUCAGAAGACGAAGUUGGGGAGAUAGAAGAAGUGGAAGAAGAAGAUUUCGGUGCUCAGCAAAGUGAAAGUGAAGAAAAUCAAGAGUUUCUGAACCUAGAAAAGCUUCUAGCGGCUGAUCCGCACACCAAUUGUGAGUUUGACACGCGCCAUCUGAGCCAGUACGAACCGGCGGUCUACCAGAUUAAGUACUGCUAUGACGAGCUCGAGGAGGAGCUAGAGAGCGAAGUCGGCAGUGUCGGUGGUUUGCUGAUCGGUACUAGCGACAGCCAGCGGGCCAGUGUCAGUGUUAGUGACGAAAACGGUUGCGAGUGUGUGAUCGAGGCGGUUCCGAUUUACCGCACGCUGCCGCUCGAUAUGCGCGAAACGACGGGCACACUGCGGGGCCUGCUGAAGAAACCGAACCGGCCGCCGCCGGUGCGGAAGAAUCGGGUCGUGUUCGACGAGACGCGAAAUGAAUUUUUCGAAGCCGACUACAUCAUACUGAUCCGGGAGGACUGCCCGUACGACGAGGAGGACGAGGAGCCGUGCACCUGCGGCGAACAUGAGCUCGUUAGAAUAUGUUGUGACGAAGGCUGCAACUGCGGCUACACGGACGACGGACGGACGCCACCGAGUCCCAAGUUUGCUCCACCCAUAGAGUUUGUCGAUCAGGCCACGCUGAGCCCUCCCGAGGGCUAUAAGGACGGCAGUGGGCUGUUGGACAAUGCGCUCGGCGGCGCCCUCGGUGGCCAUGUCUUCGGUGCACAACAUAUUCAGCAGCUUCAAGUUAUCCAGCGGCUACAGCAGCAACGGGCGGCCAUGUUGGCCGCACGGGCUGCUGCUGGCCAGCAGGGACAACAAACGGGCAGCACUCAGACCUCCCAGACCGGCGGCAGCGGUAGCGGUGGUACCGGAGGCACCGGUACUACCGGGACAGGACAAACCCAGCCGCCGCCGCCACCGCCCCCGUCGCAGCAACAGCAGCAGACUGUUUGUACCGAAUGUGCCGAGUGUGCGGAGUGCGCCGCCAAGCAGUUGCACGAUGAAGAGUGCGACUCGCAAUGUUCGGACGACAUUUCGCCGUUGAUGGAAGCCCCGCUACCGCCGCAUGCCACCCUCCCGAUCGCCCUGGUGCCGCUCCAGAAGUCCUCCCCGGAACGGCGGAUCACCCAGAAGGAGAUCAUUGCCGGCGAGGAACGGCCUAAAUUCCUCACCAUCAAACAGGUACAGGAUGCCUCACAAGGCGAUGAUGACAGCAUAAGUCAGUCAGCCGGGUCUGGCUCGGCACCGUCGGCCGGGGGAACGCUUCCGGUGCAACCGAGUCCGCAGCGUUACAUAGUCGAAACCAUCACGAUGACAACCGUCACCGAACGGCGGAUCAUCCAAAAGACCCAAACUGAUACGGAACCUCCGCCGCCGCCGCCGCCGACAACGACGGCGGCUGCUUCAAUUGCUAUCGUUACAGUGACAUCGAGCAACGAGACUGGAUCGACGGCGGUGCCUGCCUCGGCCGCCCACACCGGUAGCAGCAAUAGCCUCAGCAACAACAACGACCUUCGAGCAAUGCAACAAAAAUCGGCGACUGCAAAAACUGGGCCGGCGGAUCAAUCCUCAGCCCUGGCGAACAACCACUACGAACUGGGAAAACACAAACCGCUUAGUACGGCACAGGCAAUCAGUGGCAUCCUCAAGGGUGGAAAACUGUGGAAAAAUGAACAGCAACAGCAGCAGCAACAGCAGCAUCAGCAACAACAACAACAGCAACACCAGCAGGCCCAUCUUCAUCAGCACGCGCAGCAGCAGAAUCAACCACCGGCACAGCAUGACGAUUCAACGAACGUGACAUCGGACGAGGAAACCAGCUCGAAACGGUCGGUUCGGUUCACCGAGGAGUCCACCAUCCGGGAGGCCUGCUGCGACGGAGAGGUUCAGUCCGGUCUCGGCGAAGGUGAAAUGGGCACCGGAAAGCCUAUUAACUAUAUGUCGGAUACGCUGAAGCGGCACUCGUCCAGUCUGUUCCACAAUGCGCUCCGACCGAAUUCGGCCGUUCGGCAGCUGUUUCCGAGUUCAGCAAUCAGUCCGUUGCUUUCGUCGGCCGGUUGUGCGACGGUGAUGACGGUGGCCACGGCCACCACCACCAUGGCAACGGGCGUACAGAUGGCGGCAGUGAACACGACCAGCGCCAGCACGGCCGGUAACCCAACGGCACUAACGCAGGAGGCACUGAAGGCUUUUGAUGACUCGAAAAAACCCGCCCUGGUCCACCAGCACAGUAUCACCAGCAAUAGCAGUAGCAGUAACAUCAAUCCGGCCGCCGGUGGCGGUUCGGUAACGACCGGCAGCCCGGGUGGUUCCUGCGGGACGGAAACGGACACCAUUCGAAGGACGAUCGAACGGAAUGCCCUUCGCCGGUCACUCAUCAAGUAUGAACCGAAGAAAAAGAUCCCAGUACGAGACGUCACCUCGCUAGAGGAACGUAUUCGUCAGUUAACGUGCGACAUCGAUGAUCCGAUUGACGAGGGUGGAGAUGGCGAUCACCAAGGGCACGCUGCCGACCUAGGAGAUAUGGAGCGGAGGGAUAGUCCGGCCGGUGAGGAAAAUCCACAGCAACCCAAAUACAUUCCCGACAAAAGUUUCUCGCCCAGUUCGUCGGCAUCCAGCUCAUCCAGUGGAUCGAACGGAUCGACUUACAAGAAGAUCACCGAUCUGUUUCACCGGGAUCGACGGCAGGAGAAAAUCCCGGAAGCGGACGAGAAUCCGAUUGUAAUAAUCCCACAGGUAUGUGAUUAUUUGCAGGACUGCCGUUGUCCGGCUGGGCCUGACAUCGGAAUGGGCGUUCAAAUUCAGGGUGCACACACACAAAUCCAUCAACCACCGCAGCAGCGUCAAACCGACGGUUCACGAAGGCAGUUCCUUUCCACGCUUGCUCCACUGACAGCGUGCGUUGCUGGCCAACGCGACGAUCUGUCAUACUACACACUGGCUCAACCCGGGGACAGAAAUUCAUUGGGUAGUUCCCAGUGCACCGAAUACAGUCUGGGCGAUAUCGAUGCUGCGCUACAUGAUGACGAUGGUAAGAAGGUGGCUCCGGAUGUGAUUGCCGGUACACCCGGUCAGGAAUCGGACGAGUUAGCAGCAUUUGUGCAACAGGAGGGAGCCCGCACGGAGCGACUAAAGAAGCGUUACAGUGCAGAAACGUCUACCUCGGCACCCGCUUCCGGUGCCGGUUCCGAUGAUGAUGAGCAUAAUGAUUAUGGAUUCAAUUCACGGCCCUCGGUUCGAGGCAUCAAACCCCGCUUCGGUUCAACCAACGAAAUCUUGCAGCAAAUGCAAGCUCAAUUGGCCGCUCCUUCACCCCCGCAGCCUAAGUCUCAGUCUAGUGCAGCGUCACCUCACCCAAUACAAUCAAACACAUUCCCACGACCCCAUACGGCUAGCAGUUUGCAGUUGGCCGCAGCAAAACAACAAAUUACGACUCAUCAACAUACCGCUUCCUGGAGUUACUAUCCGGUGGACCAGUCCCAAACGAAGGCUGUAGCUGCUGUGGCCGCCGGUCCCAACAUGGUUGCCGCUGUCGAUCCGCACGGAAAUUACUACCAUAUCCCAGCUCAGGCACGCCACAGUUACCACGGUCAGGAGGCAAUCUACCAGAACUGUGCUCAGCUGCCUGUCGGCAACAUCCAGGCCAAUACGGUUCACGUGCAGUCCCAGCAGAUACACACACAGCAUCACGCAGUUCAUACGGCCCACCAUAUACAUCAGUCGGCAGCGGCAGCCGCCGCAGCAGAUCCAGCGGCUUACGGCAAGUUUGCCCGAAGUCCCACUCGUCGGCCGGAGUCUCCGCCACCGUUGCGCAACUACCACCAGACGAUGGUACUGAUCCCGUACAAUGCCGAAACCUAUCAGCGUUACACGGCCCAGGAGCAGGAAAACUACCGCCGGCAGCACAAUAUUGUUGAGUAUCAACAGGUAACACAACAAACAAUUCGAGUUCCCGUAGGAUAUCCGCUUCCCGGUAUGCAGCUACACGUAGUAGCCGGUCGUGGAGCUCUCCCACCACAUUACUCCACCCUGCCGCGGCUAGGAACUAGCGCGAAUCCAGCCACAUCAUCAGCGGUAGCUGCGGUUACUGGUCCCAAUACCAAUGCACCCCAAGGGAAACCUCCAGCCUAUAGUCAGUAUCCGGUGGAAAAAGGAGGGGUUAAAUUUACCGAACGUGGAGCUCCUGAGGGUGCGGCCAGCGUUCAACCAGCGGAUGCCGGCAAUCUUCUUUCGCCCACGUCACAAGGUCACGGGCCACCGACGGCUGGUCCAGCAGGUCCGACAGCGUCAUCCGCUGGCGCCUCCACAGGAAGCGGCACCCAAGGCCAGGGUGCUGUGUUCUAUGCGAUGAACAAACAGCAGCAACUGCAGCAGAACUUCGAGGAAGGUAGCUUUACUAUUGGUAAGAAUAACAACAAUAAUUUUAGUCUAGUGGAAUCGACGGCGAUUGCAAGCGAAUCGAAGUGA